UCCUUGCCCCAGCCAGUGCAGGCGCGCGGACCUAAGCGACCCGGUGCUGGCAGCACACAGCAGCAGCACCAGCUCCUGUGACCCCAGAGCGGGCAGCUGAUAGUCCUCAACCUUAGGCCAUGGAUGGAAGCGGGCCCCAGUCAUGCAGAAGGACACGACAGCCUAUGUGUAUGAGCCAAUGCACAUAAAGCAAAAGCCACCUCAAGACACAGCCAUCAGCGCCUCGGUCUCCAUGAGGAUCCUAGAAGAUAGACACGUACUACAGACCUGGAAGGAAGGUGACGUGGAAGACCAGCUGAGGACUGGGCUUUGAGCCUUGAAGACCCUGUCUUAUUUAAUUCUUAUGCCCUGUACUUCACAAGGAACAUCUUGAUCUAUUCCCACAACAACAUUAGGUUAGUCACUAGACCCUCCCCAAUCUUCCUUUGGCUUGGCCCGGAACCCAAAGCCCAGUGGUUGGAGGUAGAAGAGAAGUAGCCAAGGCCCAGGGUGAGUGUAGAAGCUACAGGGCCCCAGAAUGGAGCCCAAUGGCACUAUCCAUUCCUGUUGCUUAGACUCUACUGUAUGGAAAGUCACCAUCAGUUUGAUCCUCACCACCCUCAUCCUCAUCACCAUUGCUGGCAAUGUGGUCGUCUGCCUGGCUGUCAGCCUGAACCGUCGGCUCCGCAGUCUGACCAAUUGCUUCAUUGUGUCCUUGGCGGCUACUGACCUGCUGCUUGGCCUCCUGGUGCUGCCCUUCUCUGCCAUUUACCAGCUCUCUUUCAAGUGGACCUUUGGCCGGGUCUUCUGCAGCAUCUACACCAGCCUGGAUGUGAUGCUCUGCACAGCCUCCAUCCUCAACCUCUUCAUGAUCAGCUUGGACCGCUACUGUGCUGUCACGGACCCACUGAGGUACCCCGUGCUGGUCACCCCAGUUCGUGUUGCUAUUUCUUUGGUCUUCAUUUGGGUCAUUUCCAUCACCCUAUCCUUCCUGUCCAUUCACCUGGGGUGGAACAGCAGAAACGAGACCAGGGGAGACAGUGACACCUCCAAGUGCAAAGUGCAGGUCAACGAGGUGUACGGGCUGGUGGACGGGCUGGUCACCUUCUACCUGCCUCUUCUCAUCAUGUGUGUCACCUACUACAGAAUCUUUAAGAUCGCCAGGGAGCAGGCCAAAAGGAUCAAUCACAUCGGCUCCUGGAAGGCAGCCACCAUCAGAGAGCACAAAGCCACUGUGACGCUGGCUGCGGUCAUGGGAGCGUUCAUUAUUUGCUGGUUUCCCUACUUCACGACGUUUGUUUAUCGUGGGCUGAGAGGGGAUGAUGCCAUCAACGAGGUGGUUGAAGGCAUUGUUCUGUGGCUAGGCUAUGCCAAUUCAGCCCUGAACCCUAUCCUGUACGCUGCCUUCAAUAGAGACUUCCGCAUGGCUUACCAACAGCUCUUCUGCUGCAAGCUUGCUAGCCACAACCCCUACAAAUCCUCCCUGAGGCUGAACAAUUCUCUGCUGUCCAGGAACCAAAGCCGAGAAGUCAGAUGGCAGGAGGAGAAGCCCCUGAAGCUCCAAGUGUGGAGUGGGAAAGAAAUCACACCUCCCCAAGGGACCCCAGACAGGAGACCAGCGCUGUCCUGCACCACCUGCUCCAAUAACCUUCUAAGCUGCGGUAAGAGCCUGUGGGGGCUUCGUUUUCUCCAGCAACACCCAGAAGGUGCCUCAGAGGAACAGUCGGGAGAGCUACAAUCUGAGAAGGCAGAAAGGAUACCAGCACAGGAAGAAAUGAGGGCAGUUCCCUGUGAGGUUGUCUAGACUCUGCCCGGGACACCAAGAUCCUGGCCCUAUCACCUGGACCUCCCUUCUGGAGCCCCUAUGAACCAAGCCCUCAAACCACUGGGGACAAACUUCAGCCAGAGCCUGGGGCUUCACAGAACAUACAGACCAGUUUCCCUGUGAGCAGAUUCCAGACAGGUGCUUUGGCUCUUCUAGGCUGAAUUCCUUGGGUUCAAAGCUCACAUUGGUGCUGGCCCUAGGAGACAUGACCCAACAGCUGGACAGAUGUACACACAUGCAUGUAUGGAUGCGUUUCUGUAGAAAACACGCACAUCUGCUGAGCAGAGCAAAGGAUGUUGCUAUAGAGCACUGGCCUCACUCCCUUGUGGAAUCCCAUCAUGAGCAGAAAGAAGAGAAGGGAAUGGGAGGGAAGGAAGAGGAGAGAAGCUGAACAUGAACACCUACCUAAGUGCUAAGUACUUUGCCUACAUGGAUUCUCAUCAUUUCUAUCUAUGUUAUUAGGACCAGCAACACUGGCCAGACUUUACAGAGCUAGAAACCAAGAGUCAGAGAAGUAUGGAACGUACCUCAGGCCACUCAGCUAGAAAACGCGCCUGGGAUAGAGGUACUCAGAAAGUACUUGGUGAGUGGGUAGAUGUGUGGAAAAAUGGAUGGAUGGAUGGAUGGAUGGAAAGAAUGGAUCGAUGAAGAAUGGAUGGAUGAAGGGUGGAUGAUGAAGGAUGGAUGGAUGGAUGGAUGGAUGGAUAACGGAUGAGAGGUGAUGGAUAGAUGGAUGAAUGAUGGGUGGAUGGAUGAUGUUCUUGAAACAACACUACACUGCCACUCAAAAGAGAAGUUAAGAUAGUCCCUCAACUCAGCUAACCCUCCUCUAGCAAAUCUUAGGCCUCCAGGAAGCCCUCCAUGCUGAAAUACAGCCAUUGAUGGUGCUUGUUAUGAACAAGAAGUGGUGUGCAGUGGACUUGCAGGGCAAAGUGUGUCUAUUACGUCCGGAAGGACAGGUGAAAGUCAGGAAAAUACAAAGGGUACAAAUGUGUAAGCUGACCCAGUGCUGCCUUCUACUGGCCACAAGACCUGGACGUACUGUCCACCACUCUGGGCUGCUCUUUACUCCUCUGUACAAAUGGAAAAGCUAACCUCUCUGUAGUUAGAUAUCUACUGAAGAGACUCAAGAAGGCGGAGUUGGUAAGCAUUCCAAAGAGAUGAGGAUGUUUAUGGGUUUCUUUCCCCUAGGGCUUCUCAGUGGUAUCACCCUUCCUUGAUUUCAACCUCUCCUGAUACCCAUGCUUCCUUGGGUUUCCAAGACUUUUUCCUGGCCCCCAACAUCCCGUUAACUUUUCAGCCCUCUUUGUGAUUCAUUGACCUCCACACAACCAUUAGAUGUGACUGUUCCCUGGGGCUCCGGGCUGAGACUGCUCACUCUGGUCCUCCCUUUGUAACCUCAUCUACCUUCAGGACUCCAGUCACAAAACAGAAGGAGAUAAUUCACUGACCUAUAGCUGUAGGCAAGGCAUCGGGCCAUGCUUCUCCUCCGCCCGGAUGCUUGGAAGGUACCUUACCUUUAACAUGCCCACAACCACACUCUCCAAUUUCUCCCUCACCUGCUUCUCUAAAGUCCUCCUUCUCAAGCAAAGGUCACAUCCUGAGCUUCAAAACCAGAGGGCAGCCUCGGCCCCUCCUUUUGCCUUGCUUCCCAUGGUGGACACUUAGUCUUAGCCCCCACACGGGUCCACCCAACUGGUAACCACCGACCCUGUUUCAACUGACUCAGCUGCUGAAGUCUAACAAAACAACUGGAGAAGCUGCUUAGGUCUCUUUCCUACACUCCCCACCUGCCCAGCCCCUUCCUCCAGUCAGCUCUCCUCACAACAGCCUUGACGGACAGGGAAAGCGCAUGCCCUAUUGUGUCAAUUACAGGAUAGGACCUCUCUAGAUCGACCCAUUGGCCUGGCUUUGUCAGCUUCCAUGUCCCUCCAGCUUGCCCCUGCACCGUCCUCCACCUCCUCUUAAUUCCCCUAUUUGCCUUGUCGUUUUGCUUAGAGCUACGAUUACUAGCAACCAAAGCACACAGAGUGCUAUUUCCAUGACCUUAAAUGCUCUUUUGUCCUCUGGACAAAGUCAGCAUCAUGAGAUCUCAGCUAAAAUACCAUUUCCUUGUCCCUUGGGACCCAUCCUACACCAGGUCCUUGCCACACUGCAGGACUUUCUUUAGAGGCUAUUGGCUUGGUUGUAAUGCAGCAGUUGACUGUGGUUUCUUAGACACUGUCUUACUCACCUACACAUGAGUUCUUUCGGGUGACUUUCUCCUGCUGACCCCCUGGAGGAGUGUUCACACAUAGCAGAAGUUAAGAAAGACUCGCUGGGUGAGUGUGCAAAGAAUGCUCCACACUAUUGUAAGCUAACCUGCAAAUAAACUUCAAGGCAUCACCGAUUCUGAUGACCACCAGAGACGACCAUUGAAUCUCGUGGUCAAAUUUUUUCUGAAAGCCCAAGAAACCCAUCUAGGUGUCUCCUCAGGACUCUAUGGCAUGUGAGUCUCUUAAAUCACAGCGCAACUGGAGACGGGAGACCUCCAGUGCAAAUGGACCUGCCCAACCACAGAAACAAUCAGGGCUCAAGACCAUGGUGCCCAGGGACAAUGUGCCACUUCACAGGAUUCCUGCAAAUGUGAGCUCUCUGGAGCUUCUCAGGGAAGCAGAAAUGGGUGCAUGAUGUCUAGAGGGGAUCAGCUGCAGUGGGACUUCAAAUCCAUGCUCUGUGUUACCAUGUUCCAAUAAAGCUGUCAAAGCAA